CUGGGCGCGAAUGGCGAUGCGACGUUGGUGGUGGUGUCCGCGCGUCUGAAGCUGCCGCUUGCUGCUGCUGUUGUUGCUGUUGUCGCGUCGGUUGUUGUGCUCGAGUUCGUGGUCGUCGUGAUGUGCUGAAUUGUACGGCCCGCUUCGUGGAGAUUCCCCGACUCGACCUCCCGCCUAUCGCGGCAAGAUGGCUGCAUUAGGACUGAGCGAGGAUGAUGUCCUGAACUUCCUUGUUUCGCGCGGUGGGGAAGUGCCGAAUGCUGAUCUGCGCAAGCACUUCCGCGACUUCUUAGAGUCGGGGGAUGCGGAGAUGAGAGAGCGCUCUCGUCAAUGCUUCAAGCAAUGCGUGAACGCCGUUGCGACUGUGACCAAGACUAAUGGAGCUACGUGCGUGCGCCUGCGCAAGCGCUUUGCUGCACUCUUGAAGGGAGGAACGAGCGGCGCUGGCGGGCAGCGGCGGAGCGACCGGAGGAGCAGCCAGGAGCAGAUGAACUUGCAGAGGCAAGGGCAGGGAGACAGGAUGGGCUCGCGAGAAGGUCAAGGAGAUGAUUGCUAUCUGGAAGACAGGAGGAGUGAUGAACAUUAUUUUAUUCCAGGAGAAGAGCAAAGUCACCACCUAAAUGAUUCCAUGGGAGCGGGGUCGGCAUCAUCGUGGGCGUCAUCGCCUCCCGGGUUCUUGAUGUCGGCGCAAGUGGGAAGUUACGGUGAGGAGGAGCGACGAGGCUACUACUGCGCCGUAGGGGAAGGGCAAGUGGCUGGACCCGAGCCAGGACCUGUCCCAUCUGACGCCAAGCCUCUUGACUUCUCAAAAGGGUUUGGAAUAGUCCUGGUUGGGUCGAGUCUCGCUGAGGCAGCUCAGCAAGUGGGCGAGUGGCGCAUUGGCGAUGAGCAGGGUGGCGUUUCGAGCCACCGCGUACAAGCGGGCAGCAGCACUGGAGCAUCGCAAUUUCUGCGUGGCGACGAAUGCAGGGAGAGUGCAGGUUUGGUCUCUGAUGAGAGGACAGGAGGUUUCGCACCAGAUACAGUGUCAGGACUAACUGACGGAUGGGAACCUGCGGUGGCUGCAUGGGAAGCACAAUCCAAGUACUCUAACUCCUCCGAUGCGAGGCCUGUUCAUGGUGAGCAUUGGCAAGUGAUUCCAGAUGCAAUUGGCCAAUCAGAAAGCAACACAGAUGACAUCCAAUCAGAACGGGUUUCACUAUCCGACCAAUGGGCAAUGCCAUCACACGCACUUGAACCACAUGUUCACGUUGAUCAGUGGCAUGAGAUUCAUGGAGCAACUGGGCAAAUGGAGAGCAGCACUGAGCAAACUAGCCAAUGGAGCAGGAACACUGCCAUUGAAGACAGGCAUCAAAGAGAAGUUCUGCCAUUUGAGUACAGCCAUGGGGAUUCUGUCACACACCCACAUUCAGAUGGACACAGAGAUCAGAUGCAAUUAGAGCAACCCUACUGGGAAGGUCAGUCUCUUCCUGAACAUAUUCAUAGGGAUGGAAAUAUAACCCUGGAACGUCCAGAUACUCACAUGUACAUAUCACCAGGCGCAAAUUACAACAGCAGCUAUGGCAGGGAAGAGCAGUCGAUUUCUGAAAGACAAUGCUCUGACUGUUGGUCAACCUCUGGAUAUUAUGGACCGGCAGUUGGUGUUUAUGAUUCAGGCGUAGAACCCGGAACUCAGUUCGAGAGCCAUGAGAGGGAAUGGAGUGAUAACCAUGACCAUGUCCGUGAACGCACCAGGCCCUAUGUAGAGGCAGCUGUUGGCAGACUCAGAACUGACGUACCGCGUGGCGGUUGGCAAGCAGCACAAGACCUUUAUCUAAAUGAACCAAACCCCCAAGGCAGCCAGCCGAGCGAAGAGAACAUGUAUAUGACUUUAGAAACGCGGGGAGGAGGUGGCAGUGUUGGGCAAGGAGCUGAAUACUGGCACAGGGCGCAUGACCCUCCACUACACGGUGCUGGGUGGCAUCAUUUGCAGAGGGAUGGCGAGCGAGCUACCAUACCCGAUUGGUCACGUGAACGUGCAGAUGAUUAUCUGGAAUUGGAAAGAACUGAUCGGUGGAACAAGCAAUACCCGCAACCUGGAAGUGAAAUCCCUUCCAUUAUGUUCACUCGAGAUAACGAUCCUCAGAGAGGUGUAGCAAUGACGAAGGUAAACGCGCCCGCAUUUGUUCGUGUCGAGCCAUUGCCGCAGUCCACAUCACAAUUCUCACGGCGAUCAGACAGUAGCCAGGAAUGGAGGGAGUCCGAGUUGGACGUGCGCCUGAGCACACCGGCAGAGUCGGAAAUGAGGAGGAGCUCGGCCCAGCACUCUCAGCACGACUUGAACCGCAACGACUAUGAGGAGAAAAUGGAAGUCGAAAAAAAGCACGCCGUUACUCGCCGCGUGGACAUACUUCCCGAGACUCUGGCAGAUGCACAACAUUCCAGACGUCCAGAUGUGAAUGCACCCCAGGGUAAGCUGCUGCCGCCGCCGCCACUCUAUGCGAUGAUGAGUCGCUACCUGAGCUCCUCCGAGCUGCGUUCUCGUGGGGAUCCUCGCUUGGCCACAAGAGAAAAUCAGCCCUUGCCGAUCGCGACGUCCAGCCGCAGCCGCUCUUUCCCCUCACUACGUUUUGACAUUCCCCCAGAUGCCACCGAAGAUGAUUUGGCGGAAAAGGAGAAGAGGUCAAUGAGAGAAUCUCAGAACGUGACAGCGGCAGGUGAGCAACGUCCCUGGUUCCAGCACAGUAGCCAAUCUCCGCGCAUGCACCAGGACCAGUUCAAGCAACACGAUUAUGAUCAUCGUCAGGAAGGGUCACUUCAAUCUUACGCAAGUUCAGACAGACGGCAGCCGUCAACAACUGAGGUGGCCGGACGCGGUAUCCCGAUGUUUAUAAAACACGCCUUGACGCAAGGGAGACGACCCCGGCAGCGAGCCAAGGCUCUCAUGGAGAAGAGCCACUCUUUGGUCAACCUCCAACAUGGAAAUCAGUGGGAAUCAGUGGCCUCAUAUCAGCAGCCUGCUAACUUCCUCGGUGCUACUGCUGAGUAUCCAGAAUUGUUCUCAGAGAAGAGCAAAUCUUUAAGGGAUCUCUAUGAAUACAGCGUUGAGAUUGGGCGUGAAGGUCAUCCCAGAGACUGGAAUGUUGUUCACGUAAACGCACGUGAGCCACUCCGAGAGACCGGGAGGAGAGCUGUUCUAGAAAAAAGCAAAUCAUUGCGUGAUUUCCAGAGUACUGAUCAGCCGUACUCGUUUCAAAAUCAAUAUAGGCCAGAUGAUCACAGAUUCAGCCUUACAGAUCAAACUUUAGUUAACAGAAGUGAGGACAGAGGCAGGCUAGUAUUAGAAAAGAGCAGAUCUUUGAAGGAUGUCUAUCAGAGUGACCAAGAUUUCAAAUUUCAGGAUAAUCAUCAUUAUGCAGGAGAUCCAGAAUUAAAACCUGCUCGUGAACAUUCCCUCGGUUCCGCCAACUCAUUACAUCUUACCGGAAAAGAGUUCGUCUCUGAAGGACCUCCAUCAAAACGACAACCAUUUUGAACA